GAACGCUCCUGGUUCCCGCCAAAACUCCUGUCAAACAGUGUGGCCACUCGAUAAAAAAUUUCUUUUUUAGGAAAAUAAAAAAAUCAUUAUGAGUGCGCUAUUGAUCAUCAUUGUCAUCGCCCUAGUGGCUUAUAAAAUCUUCACCCGAAAAAAUAAAACGUUGAAAACGUUCAAAGAAGGUUGUAUAGAAAUGACAGAGUUUAAGCAAGCACCAGGGCCAGUACCUUUGCCUGUAAUCGGCAGUUUACAUCUAUUAGGAAAAAGAGAAUCCCCUUUCCAGUCUUUCACUGAUCUGGCGAAGAAAUAUGGCGAUAUCUUCAGUAUAAAAUUAGGAAGUAGCCAGUGUUUGGUCGUUAAUAAUCUGGAAUUGAUUAGAGAGGUGUUGAAUCAGAACGGAAAAUUCUUCGGAGGCAGACCAGACUUCUUGAGGUUCCACAAGCUAUUCGCCGGUGACAGAAAUAAUUCAUUAGCCCUCUGCGAUUGGUCAAAUCUUCAACUGCGAAGACGUAAUCUUGCACGUCGCCAUUGCGGUCCUAAACAACACACAGAUAAUUUCUCACGCAUCGGAUCUGUGGCUACAUUUGAAUCAAUUGAAUUGUUACAAACAUUGAAACAUAUUACCAGGAAUACAGAAAGCAGUAUUAAUAUAAAACCUUUACUGAUGAUGAGCGCAAUGAACAUGUUUUCCAAUUAUAUGUGUAGCGUACGUUUUGAUUCAGAAACAGAUGUGGAAUUUAAAAAAAUCGUAGACCAUUUCGAUGAAAUAUUCUGGGAGAUUAAUCAAGGUUACGCUGUCGACUUCUUACCAUGGUUGGCUCCGUUCUACAAGAAGCAUAUGGAAAAAUUAUCCAACUGGUCACAAGAUAUUCGAUCUUUUAUACUAUCUAGAAUUGUUGAUCAAAGAGAGAUUAAUCUAGAUACAGAAGGACCUGAAAAAGAUUUUCUAGAUGGUCUUCUAAGAGUGUUACAUGAUGAUCCUAAUGUUGAUAGAAAUACUAUUAUUUUCAUGUUAGAAGAUUUCUUAGGUGGCCAUUCUUCUGUUGGUAAUCUUGUCAUGUUGUGUUUAGCAGCUGUUGCAAGAGAUGCUGAUGUUGGUAAGAAGAUUAAAGCUGAAAUCGAUGGUAUAACUAAAGGAAAACGAGCUGUCACUCUUUCGGAUAAAAUCAACCUUCCUUAUACUGAAGCGACAAUACUGGAAUCUCUUAGAUAUGCAUCAUCACCAAUUGUACCACAUGUGGCAACUGAACCGGCUGUAAUCGCUGGUUACGGCAUCGAAAAAGGUACUGUCGUAUUUAUAAAUAAUUACGAAUUGAACACAUCAGAGAAAUAUUGGGAUGAACCUGAGAAAUUUGAUCCUAAUAGAUUUUUGGAACGCAACAAAAUCCGUGUACGACGAAAUUCGUUAUGCGAUUCUGGAAUGGAGUCCGACAGCGAAAGAUCUACUCCGAUAAACAAGACAUCAGAUACUGAGAAAGAAGUUGUUAAUGUCCGAAAAAAUAUUCCACAUUUCUUGCCAUUCAGUAUCGGGAAAAGAACUUGCAUCGGACAGACUUUAGUUACGACGAUGAGUUUCGUUAUGUUCGCAAAUAUUAUUCAGGAAUUUGAUAUAAGAGCUGAAAAUAUAGAAGAUCUAAAACAAAGGCCGGCGUGCGUCGCAUUACCUAAAGAAACUUUCAACCUGUACCUUUUACCACGAAAACAUUAGACUUAAAACUACAGAUAAACUUCACUGGUCCGGUGAGACGCGCUCUCGCUUAGUUCUGCCAGAAAAUAUCGAC